UUGAACGAUUCAAUGAACAAGUGGUUAAUGCAGACAUGUGAAAGUUUUCUCUUUAAAGAGGAGCUAUCUCACAUAGCAAUUUCAAACACUGUACAUACGAGGGACUUUGCGGUCCUCUACUAGCUCUGAAGCGCUCAAGAAAUGACAUUGACAAUGUCAGUGGGAAAACAAUUGCCGAUAGUCAAGUUUUCAUAUGCUCGGAGUUUCUUGGCUGGAUGUGAGACCUAUUUCAUCGCCCCGACUGCCUGGUAUUAUGUGAGAUCUUUGGGACAAGAUGAGCUUUUUUUGGCAUUUGUAUUGUCAGUCUUCAACGUCACUGCUAUCAUUGGUGGGCCGCUAUUCGGUCGCAUCGUCGACCGCUUUGGCUACCCGAGGCACUUCUUUAUUCUCACUUGUUGCCUUAAAGUCUUCUCCUACGUUCUCUACAGCAUCAAUAUUUCAGGAUUCUUUCCUUUGUUUGGUCGACUGAUCAGCGGACUAAGCGCUGGUGGUACCGUGGCAAUACUUCAAGGCCAGGUCGCAUUGCAAACCACGGUUGAAAAUCGGGCCUCAGUUUUUGUUUUAAUGCAGGGUAUCUACUGCCUUGGGGGAACGUUUGGACCCGCCAUUGGGAGUUUCAUCACAUUCGACGUUACAAUUUGGGGAUGGCAUAUCAACCAAGGAAACUCUCCCGGGUUAGUACUGACCAUGAUUUGGACCGUAUAUUUGACCCUGGCUUUGAUAGCGCCAAAGCACAUGUGGGUGGAGACUGGGACAACCCAUUCGAAGGGUGCCCGAAGUUUGAGCGAUGAUGAUACGAAGAGUGGCCGAGAUCUAGUCGAGAUGGAUCCGAGUUUAAGCAAGAAAGAAAAGCGCGCCGAAAGUGCCAAAGAUCAUUUAAUAAAAACGAGCUCUCGCCGAACCCUCGCCGGCACCGAUCACGAAGGUUUGCCGAAGAUUGAGUGGAACUCGCGAAUUUUAUGCCUACUUUUUCUGGUAUUUUCGAACGAAUCUCUGUCGAGUACGGCGACAUUUUAUGUCCCAGUUCUUGCCUUGAAUCAUUUCCAUCUUAAAUUAAUCCACGUUAAAUUGCUCUUUCUCAAUUGUACGGCUUUCACUCUUCUUGUUUUAAUUCUCUUCUCGAUGGCUUCCAAACGUGUGGAAGAAAGGAAACUCUUUGUGGUUGCCUUGGCAAUGCAGUUAACCGCAUUAGCCUUGCUAACAUCGCUUGGUUUUGCCUGGGAACACAUCAGUUACUUUCAAAACUACAUUCUCCUAUUGUACAUAUGUUUCGGUAUGCCUUAUUUCGCCUUUCCGUUCAGCAACACCAUUCUUUCGAAGAUUACUAAUCCAGGAAAUGCAUCUUUCUACCAAGGGGUAUCUUUUGCCGCGAUGCACUUUGGUAUUGUGAGCAGUCGAGUUGUUAUAAGUUUCAUUCAAACACAGGAAGUUUUGCUAAUCUACUGUUUAGCAUUAAUUUGUCUUUGGUUGGUUGGCUCCGUGUGGUUUUCUAUACAUUUCAAGCAAUUUGCUGGAACAGGUUAUGAUGAUAAAUAAAUUUCAGGU